GCAAAACGUUCAGUCUCUGAUUGGCCGCUACGGGGAACGCGUGUCGCUUACUAUAACAAGCCGGCAUUGCGCGAGAGUACAUACGAUAAACAACUGUUGAUUGACACUAAAACAAUAUUCUGAACCGUGAAUAAGACUUGGACUAGUGCGACGGCUGCAGUGUAUGUGCUCCAUUGGAUGACAUUGCCUGUAAAGCCGAAAUUUCUUCGAGUACAGGUACCCGCAUUAAAAUCCCGAUUCUUCAUUAAUGACGAAUAGAGAAGCAUGUUGACACGGUGGCUAGUGUUGACGCUGGUGGCGGCGAGCUGGCGCGCCGCGGACGCCUGCUCCUGUCAACUACAACACCCACAGACGCACUUUUGUAACAGUGACUUUGUAAUCGUGGGCAGAGUACAAAAACUGUUCAGAGGGAACGAAUUCUACGACUCAUACAAAGUGAAAAUCCGAAAUAUUUUCAAGGCGACUCCUAAAGCGGCGGUGGCGCUCAAGUCGGGUCGUAUCUUGACUCCGUCACAGGACUCUCUGUGCGGGGUGAACCUCCAGCCGAGAGAGACUUACGUCAUCACAGGCAUUGUAAUACACUUACAAGCGCACAUGGGUUUGUGCGGGUACGUGAGUAAGUGGCGGGAAGUAACGCCGCGGCAACGGAAAGGCUUCCGGAUGCUCUACAAACAGGGUUGCACGUGCAAAGUUCAUAUUACGCGCAAACGCACGAAAUCACCAAACACGUGUGUCACGAACUACGAUGACUGCUACGAGAGGCACGGUAUCUGUCUACACGACCGCAAGCGACGGUGCCGCUGGACCAGAGCCCCAGCUCUCACGAGGUGCCUGCAAGGACACCGCUACAAUAUGACUCUAACUUGAUUCCUCCGGCUCGACUCCCAAGUAAACGCUUCUCGUACCAUUUGUAUAUCUCGUUGUACCAUCAUGGAAUACUACAAAAGGAUUCUCAUCUACUAAUAACAUAUACAAAUUUCACGGCAACUACGUAGUAAUUAAGUCAAAAGCCGUUCUAACAUUGCGAAGGCCCAAAUCAAACCAUUCUAACAUAACGAAGGCAUUCAAUACACGUAGAAUUAGUCAACUUGUAUUGUUUGAAGGAAGACAAAAUGUAGAUGUUUAAUAAAAUUCAUGCAAUGACGAAUUUAGUUAGACUUUGCCAUAAAGUAUUUUUUGUUAUUUUGUACCUGUUUUCCUUCGGACGAUCCUAAAUUGUUGUUGUCUUGUAGACGAAAGUAAUUUUAACGUUAUUUUUAUAUUAUUUAUUUUUAAGUUAAUUAUUGUAAAUUAACAAAUUAUAGUGAUAUUUUUACGUUAGGUUUAAAGAAAAAAAUAAAGGAAAAUUUAUUAAAAA